AUGAAACAGUACACGGGGGCAGAUAUGAUCUACUUCACCCGAAAAGAAAAGUCCUACAUCCUUUUACAUGUGGAUUCGUUACAGAAAGAGAAAGAUACAUUGAUGAUUAUCACCAAUAAUAGACAUAUAGUGAAGAAAUAUGAUAAGCCAUUUAAGACUAGUUCUGAUAGGGCUAUUAUGAAUACUAAAUACAGGAUUUCAAAAUACUUGACAAGUGUAUUUUGUGGGUUGCCUAUUGAUUUAAAUGCUAAAAAUAAGUAUUUUUGCAGAAUACGUCAAUUAUUAUUGGAUAAACUUGUUGCGAUAGAAAAUAGAUUAAAGAAACAAGAAAAGAAUAGACAGACUACAACUUAUAUUAAAUUUAGUUAUAUAUGUCAAAAUUGUCGUUCAAAGGUGAUAGUAACACCUACAACUCCCACGCAAAAUACGUUUAAAAAUUAUUGUCAAAGUAAACAAAUAGUAAGUAAAUGCAUAGGCGUUACUUAUACAAAAAAGGUUUCAAUGGAUAGUGGUACAGGUAACUAUUUAGUUACAUACUUGAAUUUGGGUAUUAACAAACAGUUCAAAACGAUGAAAGAACAAGAGAAGUAUAAAAAGAGGUUUACGAAUAGCCUUAAAAAUCAUAAGAAUAAAUGGAAUUACACUAAUAAUAGAUUUGAGUCAAAGCCCGAAUUGGAGUUUCUGUUAGACCAAGUUACAAGUAGAUCAGGAUACAACAUGUUGAAAGAAGAUAUUUUUAUUAACCAUUCCUUUAACAGUGAAUAUUUUCUUGAAUUAAGAAAGAAAAAAGAAGCUGCUUUUGAAUGUGAAGAUAUUAAGGUGGUAGAACAGUCGUCUAGUGCUGGUAAGAAUACUAUAGUCGACAACAUUACCACAAAUUUUCAAGAGCUAGAAAUUAGAGAACAGGAUAACGUGCUUCCUUGGCAAGAAAUACUACAUAGAGAAAUACCGAUUACAAGACCUGAAUUUCAUAGGGGGUUGAAUAGUGUCAGAGAUCUUAAAACUCUGAUGACAUAUUGUAAUGGAGUUAGAAACAAAAGACUUGCUUAUAAAUUGUCUUAUAAUUAUGUUAUUGGUCAGUGUGAAAUAAGAGCUCUAAAUUGGAAAUGA